AUGGAGGGAAUGGAAGAAACCUCUGAAAGAAUUCUUUUAGAGCCAUACAAGUAUUUACUUCAACUGCCAGGUAAACAAGUGAGAACCAAACUGUCACAGGCCUUUAAUCACUGGCUGAAUGUUCCAGAAGAUAAAAUACAGGUUAUUAUUGAAGUGACAGAGAUGUUGCACAAUGCCAGCUUACUCAUAGAUGACAUUGAAGAUAACUCAAAGCUACGACGGGGCUUUCCGGUGGCUCAUAGCAUCUAUGGAAUUCCAUCUGUAAUAAAUUCUGCUAAUUAUGUGUAUUUCCUUGGUCUGCAGAAGGUUUUAACACUUGAUCACCCAGAAGCUGUGAAAGUGUUCACUCGUCAGCUGCUGGAACUCCAUCAGGGCCAAGGUUUGGAUAUUUACUGGAGAGAUACAUACACCUGUCCUACAGAAGCACAGUAUAAAGCCAUGGUACUGCAAAAGACAGGUGGUCUCUUUGGAUUAGCUGUGGGCCUCAUGCAGUUGUUCUCCAAUUAUAAAAGAGACUUAAAACCACUCCUUAAUACACUUGGGCUCUUCUUCCAAAUACGAGACGACUAUGCUAAUUUACACUCCAAAGAAUAUAGUGAGAACAAGAGUUUUUGCGAAGAUUUAACUGAGGGCAAGUUCUCAUUCCCAACUAUUCAUGCUAUUUGGUCCAGACCUGAAAGCACUCAGGUGCAGAAUAUUUUGCGUCAAAGGACAGAAAAUGUAGAUAUAAAAAAAUACUGUGUACAUUACCUUGAGAAUGUAGGUUCCUUUGAGUACACUCGGCAAACGCUGCAAAAGCUUGAAUCUGAAGCAUAUAAACAGAUUGAGUCACUUGGGGGAAAUCCUGAACUUGUAGCACUAGUUGAACACUUAAGCAAAAUGUUCAAAGAAAAUGAAAAUUAAGUAAUUGAUUUGACUUGUGGUUUGGGGAGGGAAACUUUAAAACCAGAAUGUAUUAACUAGACUUUCUUACUAAAUCGAUGUAAAGAAAAGUGUAGAAAUGAUGCUUAUUUAAAAUUACUUAUAGAAACUGCUAUAUUAGAUAUUGUGUAAGUAGUAAUUGAAGGGUAUUUGUAUGCACCACAAAUUAUCUCUGCAGCUUUAAUUACAACUGCUUACAAAAUAUUGCAUAGAGAAAUAAACUUGCAUAGAUCUGUUAAGGUAAAAUUGUUAAUUUUAGUUUUUCAUGUGAAUCUUUCAGUUGUAAUCUCCACUGCACAGUCAGUGGUGUUUAUUUUAGCUAUAGAGUUUGUGUCCUCUAAGAUCAUUGCAGGUUUUAAUCUGAUUGAGAUAGGUUUGACUAAAUUUCCAUGUUAAAUUGAAUUUGCUCUGUUUAGGAACUUUUGUAUUUUUUUUUUUAAACAUGGAGAUUUAGGUAACACUUUUUUGCAAUAUAUUCCUUGUCCUUUUUAAAGUUAACAAAAAUAGGUUUUAUUAAAGUGGAAUGGAAGGAGAAGGAAGGCUCCACAAUGGUCAAUGACUUUUGCUGUACAACAAACCAAUCUAGAUGUGUCGCCACAGAGCCAGAUG